AUGAAUGGAGGAGACCUGAAGUUUCACAUCUAUAAUAUGGGGAACUCUGGCUUUGAUGAGCAGAGGGCCGUCUUCUACGCAGCAGAGAUCUGUUCUGGGCUGGAAGACCUGCACCGUGAGAGGAUCAUCUACCGACAGUUCCUCUCUUGUCUCUAUGGCUGUGGGAUUAGAACGUCUCCGGAGUUCCAGAAGCUUCUGGGCAUCGCCAUGGAGAUGUUCUUGCUGUGCAGCGACGACAGAGAGUCGGACGUCAGGAUGGUGGCAGACGAGUGCCUGAACAAAAUCAUCAAAGCGCUGAUGGACUCCAACCUGCCCAGACUGCAGCUGGAGCUCUACAAAGAAAUUAAAAAGAACGGUGCCUCUCGGAGCCUGAGGGCUGCUCUCUGGAGGUUCGCCGAGCUAGCACACCUCGUCAGACCACAGAAAUGCAGACCGUACCUGGUGAACCUCCUCCCCUGUCUGACCAGGAUCACGAAGAGACAGGAGGAGACUGUCCAGGAGACUCUGUCUGCUGCCGUGCCUAAGAUUAUGACUGCUCUGGGACACUUCGCUAACGACGGAGAGGUUAAGGUGUUGUUGAAGUCGUUUGUGGCCAACCUGAAGUCCACCUCUCCUACGAUCCGUCGGACGGCCGCCAGCUCAGUGGCGAGUGUUUGUCAACAGUCGAGACGGGCCUCCUACUUCUACACCUGGCUGCUCAACGUCCUGCUGGGUCUGUUGGUCCCUGUCGAUGAGGAACAUCCUAACCACCUGGUCCUGGGGGUGUUGUUAACCCUUCGUUACCUGAUGCCUCAACUACAGCAACAGGACAGGACCACCAGCCUGAAAGGAAGCUUCGGAGUCAUGAGGAAGGAGGCAGACUUACAGCCCACGCCUGAACAGCUACUGCAAGUCUAUGAGUUGACUCUCCACUACAGCCAGCACGGCGACCACAACGUGGUGACGGCCUCUCUGGAACUGAUGCAGCAGAUGUUCCGGACUCCUCCCCCGGAGCUACUGCACAUGCUCAUUACGCCCGGCAGCGUUCCGCACGCCAGCGUGUUCCGACGGGACGUGGAGAGACGCGCCCACUCCGGCAGCAUCCUGGAGUUCAUUGGCAAGAUGCUGUCUGGGGGGGAGGGGUUGGAGGACGACCCUGAGAGGGCAGAGGUCACCACCGGGGCCUUUACAGCCUCUGUCGCGGGCGCCGACGCCACCGCCCAGGUGGUCGACAUCAUUACCCAGCAGCCCCGCUCCUCACAGCAUGCUCUGCAGCCCGGCGACUCCGUGGACCUCGGUGGCGCCUCCUCGGAACAAGGAACGACUGCCCUCGGGACGUCUGGCGGCGAGGGAGGGGCGGGGACUCCCGAGUCGCCCAAUGACAACGCAGAGGACGAGGACAUGCUCAGCCACAGCUCCAGCGGGGCUAACGUUACUCCGGAAACGGCCGACUACGCCACACCGGAGAGCACGGAGAUGCCCGACGGGCCCCUGCUGGACCCCUGGGAACCCUCGCUGCCCCCGAGCGCCGACUCGUCGCAGACCACCACAGAGGGGCCGGACUCGGCCGUCACGCCUUCAGACGUUGCUGAACUCGUGUUGGACACCAGUGAGAGUCUGUAUUCAGGGAUGCAGAUUGGAACUUUACAGGAUGAGGAAGAAGAGGGAGCCGUACCUUCAUCACACCCUGAACCCUUCUCCCAGUCCGCACUGGCUCUGAGUAGACCCCACCUCCUAGAGGGCAGAGGUCACAACAGACAGGCGUCAGACAGCAGUGUGGAUCACUUCAUACCAAAGGAGGAACCAGUGGAGACCACAGAGCAGGAGAACAAGCCAUCGAGGAUAAAGGGUCCGAUUGGCCACUAUACAGACCAAGGGGCGGAGCCUCUGGUUCACUGUGUACGACUCCUCUCUGCCUCCUUCCUGCUGACUGGACAGAAGAAUGGGCUGGUCUCUGAUAAAGAGGUCCGUGUCAGUGUGAAGGUUCUAGCAGUCAGCUGUAUCGGAGCAGCAGCCGCCCUUCAUCCUGAAGUCUUCUUCAACUCUCUGUACCUGGAACCACUGGAUGGAGUGUGUGUGCAGGAGCAGCAGUAUAUCAGUGAUGUGUUGUGUCUGGUUGCUCAUGGAGACCCUCAGGUCAGAGGUGCUGGGGUGUUGUGUGGCGCCGUUAUCCACUCUGCUCUCACCAAGACACGUUACAACAUACACGCCUGGAUGACCAGCGUACACACGUUACUAGGUAACCCAUUGUCCCUGGUGGAUCUAGUUCCUGUACUACAGAACACUCUAAAGGACGAGUCCUCUGUCACCUGUAAGAUGGCCUGCUCUGCAGUCAGGCAUUGCAUCAUGACUCUUUGUAGCAGCACUCUGAGUGAGUUGGGUCUGCAUCUCCUGGUUGACCUGCUGACCUUAAAGGACUGUUCCUAUUGGCUGGUCAGGACGGAACUCCUGGACACUCUGGCAGAGAUAGAUUUCCGGUUGGUGAACUUCCUGGAGAAGAGAACAGAGAGUUUACACAAAGGAGAGCAUCACUACACUGGGUUGCUAAGGUUACAGGAGAGAGUGUUGAAUGGCGUUGUGAUUCAUUUGUUGGGAGACGAAGACCCUCGAGUACGACACAUAGCCGCUGCUACUGUCAGCAGGCUGGUCAGUGUGUUGUUCUAUGAGUGUGACCAGGGUCAGGCUGACCCGGUGGUGGCUAUAGCCAGAGACCAGAGCUCUGUGUAUCUACAGUUACUGAUGCAUGAGACGCUACCGCCUUCACACUUUACUGUCUCUACCAUCACCAGGACGUAUCGUGGUUAUAACCUGUCUCAGGGAGUGUCAGACGUCACUGUGGAGAAUAACUUGUCAAGAGUCGUCUCUGCCGUGUCCCACGCUCUCACCUCCUCUACGUCACGGGCCCUCACUUUCGGCUGCUGUGAGGCGCUGCAUCUUCUGACCACCGCCUACCCAGCAUGCACCUGGAGUACGGGCUGGCACUGUGGCUACGUCAGCUCCACCGUCACACACCCCAACCGAUCCAACCUCAACCGCUCCCGGGCGCGCUCACACAGCCUCUCCCAGCCCGGCUCAGGUCCAUUAGAGGAAGGGAAGAGGACUCUAACAGUAGGGAUGGCUAACAUGAUGAUGUCUCUACUGUCCUCUGCCUGGUUUCCUCUGGACCUCUCUGCUCACCAAGAUGCUCUGCUGCUGGCCGGGAACCUGCUGGCUGCGACGGCUCCACAGUGUAUGUGUAGUCCCUGGGCUGGGGAGGAGGAGGGAGGGCCGGUCCCCGGUAAGACAGAGGAGCCCUGGGCAGCGGUGGGGGAGCGCCCCCUGGUGGUCCUGGUGGAGCAACUCUUCUCUCACAUCCUCAAGAUACUCAACAUCUGUGCCCACGUGCUGGACGACACGCCGCCCGGACCCGCCGUCAAGGCCACCCUGCCGUCCCUAGCCAACGCUCCCUCCCUCAGCCCCAUCAGAAGGAAAGGCAAGGAGGUAGCAGAGCCAAGCACCAUUCCCAUGAGCCCUAAGAAAGGCAGCGAGACCAACACUGGCAGGCCAGCGGACAGCUCGGGGUCCACGGCUAACGUCAACAAGUCCACAACCCUGGGGAGCUUCUAUCAUCUACCCACCUACCUCAAACUGUACGACGUCCUCAAAGCUACACACACCAACUAUAAGGUUACGUUGGAUCUCCACAGCACCAACGAGAAGUUUGGAGGGUUCCUGCGUUCUACGCUGGACGUUCUGUCUCAGCUGCUAGAGAUGGCCACGCUACACGACAUCGGAAAGUGUGUGGAAGAGAUCCUCAGCUACCUGAAACUCUGCUUCUCCAGAGAACCUCUGAUGGCCACGGUCUGUGUUCAACAGUUAUUGAAGACGUUGUUUGGUACCAACCUAGCCUCCCAGUACGAGGGGGCCCAGGGCGGUCCUAGUCGAUCCCAGGGGAAGGCUCUCCGUCUGGGCUCGUCCAGCCUGAGACCUGGCCUCUAUCACUACUGCUUCAUGGCCCCCUACACACACUUCACCCAGGCCCUGGCCGACGCCAGCCUCAGGAACAUGGUGCAGGCUGAGCAGGAGCAGGACGCGUCAGGGUGGUUUGAUGUAAUGCAGAAGGUGUCCAACCAGCUGAGAUCCAGUAUCACCAACGUGACCAAACAGAGAGGAGACAAGAAUGCGAUCCACAACCACAUCCGUCUGUUUGAACCUCUGGUGAUCAAGGCUCUGAAACUGUACACCACCUCCACCUCUGUAGCGCUGCAGAGACAGGUCCUAGACCUGCUGGCGCAGCUGGUACAGCUACGAGUCAACUACUGUCUGCUGGACUCAGACCAGGUGUUCAUAGAGUACAUUGAGGUGCUGGAGAUGUUCAUCCUGGUCCUCCAGCAGUGUCACAAGGAGAACGAGGACAAGUGGAAGAGACUGUCCAGACAGAUUGCUGACAUCAUACUGCCCAUGAUAGGAAAACAACAGAUGCACCUGGACUCCCCUGAGGCUCUGGGAGUGUUGAACACUCUGUUUGAGACGGUCGCUCCCUCCUCUCUCCGCCCGGUAGAUAUGCUGCUGAAGGGAAUGUUCACUACACCUGCUACCAUGGCUAAUGUCAACACAGUUCAGUUGUGGGUGUCAGGUGUCUUGGCUGUCCUCCGAGUCCUCAUCUCUCAGUCCACUGAAGACAUAGUCCUCUCUCGUGUCCACGAGCUCUCCCUCUCUCCUCUCCUCCUCUCCUGUCCCACCAUCCGACGUCUCCGCGACGACAGCAGCCUCUCGUCGCCCCCGCCACCGCCUCUGACGACCCCGGCAACUGUCGCCCCCGACAACCAGGAGGCCAACGGAGAGCGGGUGCUGCCGGAGGAGACGUUUGCCAGGUUCCUACUCCAGCUAGUAGGAGUGAUGCUAGAUGACAUCUCGACCAGACAGGUGAAGGUUGACAUGACAGAACAGCAACACACGUUCUACUGUCAACAGCUGGGGACUCUGUUAAUGUGUCUCAUACACAUCUUCAAGAGUGGCAUGUUCCGAAGGAUCACAGCAGCAGCCACCCGUCUCCUGAAGGGUGAGGCUGUUCUGGGUGCAGGUCCAGGGGUCAGUGGUGUCUUCUACCCCCUAGAGGGUCUUAAUGCCAUGGUGGGCUGCCUGGUGACCACACACCCCUCUCUGGUUCUACUCUGGUGCCAAGUCCUCCUCAUCAUCAACUACACCAACUACAGCUGGUGGACAGAGGUACACCAGACACCCAGGAGACAGAGUCUGUCCUGUACCAAGCUGCUGAGCCCUCAUUCCUCAGGAGGGGUGGAGGAGGAGAGACCAGAGGCCAGGCUGGCCAUGUGUAACAGAGAGAUCGUACGCAGGGGAGGACUCAUUCUCUUCUGUGACUACGUGUGUCAGAACCUGCACGACUCGGAGCACCUGACCUGGCUGAUCGUCAACCACGUCCGUGACCUCAUCGACCUUUCCCAUGAGCCUCCGGUGCAGGACUUCAUCAGCGCCGUUCACCGCAACUCGGCCGCCUCCGGACUGUUCAUACAGGCUAUACAGUCACGCUGUGACAACCUCUCCACUCCCACCAUGUUGAAGAAGACUCUCCAGUGUCUAGAAGGGAUCCACCUGUCCCAGUCUGGUUCUCUGUUGAUGCUCUACGUGGACAAACUGCUGAACACUCCUUUCAGAGUCCUGGCUCGUAUGGUUGAUACUCUGGCCUGCAGGAGGGUGGAAAUGCUGCUGGCUGAGACACUACAGAACAGUUUAGUCCAGCUGAACAUGUGGAGGAACUGUUCCUCAGAACAGGAAUACCUUCAGAUCAGUGGACUUGCUCUGUUCAAUCUCCUAGAACAGCACCAGAGGUUCUACUCCCUGCUGGACAGGUUCCGAGCCACCGUUGCCGAGGACACCAACAGCCCCUCCCCUCCUGUGACAUCACACCCCCUGGAUGGGGAACCGCCACCUGCCCCUGAACUAGUCAAGGCUGACAAGGAGUGGUAUGUUGCCUUGGUGAUGUCCCAGUGCUGUCUCCGUGGUGACGGGUCGUUCCUGGAGACAACGGAACUCCUGACCAAACUACCUCCUGACGACCUCUCUACCAUCAUGACCUGCAAGGACUUCAACCUGUCUCUCCUCUGUCCGUGUCUGAGUCUGGGGGUUCAGAGGUUAACCCGGGGUCAGGGCGUUGCUAUUGAGACGGCCCUGGCCGUGACCCUGGAUCAUCUGAGCGGGUCACAGCUACUUCCUGUUCCACACCAUUCCUUCCUGCCGCCGGUCAAACCUGACCCUGCCGAGCCCUACUGGGACAAACUGGCUGUCGUCUAUGGUGAGUCUGGACUCUACCCACGGGUGAUGUCUCUGUGUAGAGCGCUGUCUCAGUAUCUGCUGUGUGUGGGUCAGCUUCCUUCCCCUCUGCAAAUCCCUGAAGACAAACAACAUCUCAUCACCACCUUCACCACCAUGGCAACCGAGUUGGUGGUCUGGCGUGUUCUCCAGGACAGUGUUCCUCGGAGUGUUGACCUGCAGGGGGCGCUGUCCUGUCUGUGUCUGGCCCUGCAACAGCCCUGUGUCUGGAACACACUGUCUACAGCCCCGUACAAAACACACACCUGCUCUGUCAUACACUGUCUCCGACUACUCAUCACUGCAGUGGCAGUAGGUCCAGGUGACCAUCUCUUACAUCCAGGGAAGAAGAGAACCACCGGGUCAGACAGUGAUUCAGACCAGGUCCACUCUCCAAACACUGACAACGUGUGUGAGCGACAGUCGUGUGAGAUCAUGGCUGAGCUGGUGGAAGGUCUCCAGAGCGUUCUGUCUCUGGGUCACCAUAGAAACAGCGGAAUCCCAGCUUUCCUCACGCCGAUGCUCCGAAACAUCAUCAUCAGUCUGUCCAGACUACCGCUGGUCAACAGCUACACUAGAGUCCCUCCCCUGGUGUGGAAGCUGGGCUGGUCCCCUCGGCCGGGGGGAGAGUUCGGCACCACCCUUCCUGAGAUCCCUGUAGAGUUCCUGCAGGAGAAGGACGUGUUCAGGGAGUUCCUCUAUCGCAUCAACACACUGGGCUGGAGCAGUAGGACCCAGUUUGAAGAGACCUGGGCCACACUGCUAGGAGUUCUGGUCACUCAACCCAUCUCUAUGGACCAGGAGGAGGAGAGAGAACAGGAGGAGGACUUGGAGCGUACCCAGUUGAAUGUGUUAGCAGUCCAGGCCAUCACGUCUCUGGUUCUGAGUUCCAUGACUCUCCCUACUGCCGGAAACCCUACUGUCUCCUGUCUGGAACAACAGCCGAGAAACAAGACCCUUAAAGUCCUGGACACACGGUUUGGCAGGAAGUUGUCAGUGAUCAGAGGAGCCGUGGAGAGAGAGAUCCAGGCCAUGGUGUCGAAGAGAGACAACGUACACACACACCACCCCUACCACACCUGGGACCCUGUCCCCUCCCUGUCUGCUGUCUCACCAGGUACACUGAUCAGCCAUGAGAAACUCCUGCUGCAGAUCAACACAGAGAGAGAGAUGGGAAACAUGGACUACAAACUGGGACAGGUGUCCAUCCAUUCUGUGUGGCUGGGGAACAACAUUACCCCUCUGAGAGAGGAAGAGUGGGGUGAGGAUGAGGAAGAUGAGACUGAUACUCCGGCCCCCGCCUCUCUUCCUACCUCUCCUAUCAACUCCAGGAAGCAUCGUGCAGGUGUAGAUAUCCACUCCUGUUCUCAGUUCCUAUUGGAGCUAUACAGCCAGUGGCUCCUCCCCGGUUCCCCUAGCAACAGACGCACCCCUGUUGUGCUCAUCAGCGAGGUGGUCCGAUCGGUAAGAACACAGACUCGGUAGUUUGUAAGAACACAG